AUGUCGGGCAGACGAUCGAACGUCCUUAAUAACCUCAAAAAUGACCCUGCGAAAUCUAAAUCCGGCGGUGGAAAACGCAAGCUCGGACGAGGCCUUGAUGCGCUAGCUAUCGCCGAACGCGAAGUACCACAAAAGCUGGGGGUUAAAAAGCAUCGAUUGGGCGACGAGGACGAUUAUGACUCCAGGCGCAAGCGUGGAUAUGAUGAGGAGGUGGAUGAUGACGAUGGUCCUUCGAAGAGAAGAAGAACAGAGGAUUCCGGCCAGAGUGAUGCCGGAAGUGAUAGCGAGGGCAAUGAGUGGACAGUAGGCAAGGUGGAUAGCGAAAAUGACAGUGAGAUCGAUAGCGACAACGCUUUUGGCUCGAGUGAUGAGGAACGCUUCGAGGGCUACUCGUUUCGUGCUAGCUCAACGAGAAAGAAUUCCCAGGCAAAACCCAAGGGUGGAAAGAGGGAUUUACCUCAAAGCGAGUCGAAUGACGAAGAUGGUGCAUCAGAUGCUGAGAUGGAUGAUGAUCUUGGAGUGGAUGCGGUUGAUUUGGCCGCUGCCUGGGACAUGAACGCUGAGGAAUCGGAAGAAGAGAAACGGAAAACCGCGUCCAAAACACGAAAGCAGGCUACCCACGAAGAUACAGAUAGUGAUGAUGCGUCAUCUACGGGCUCGGAAAGCGAAGAGGAGGCCGACGACGAAUCUGAUUUGUCUAUAUCCGAAGACGAGGCUACAGACAAUGCGUGGCCCAAAACCGGCGGCAUUCCCGGGAAAUUGGACGUCCCUCUGUCUAAACGGGAACAAGAUCGCCUUGAUCGGACGGCAGCGUACCAGAAGAGCAAGGAAACAUUAGAUAGGUGGAUUGACACCGUGAAAGCUAAUAGACGUGCCGAACAUUUAUCGUUCCCGCUUCCAGAGGUCGCCCCUUUACAAGAUUCCAAAAUAGUGGAUUCGAAACCCAGAACUGACCUUGAAUCUACAAUUCAAAAUAUUUUGAUAGAAAGUGGUCUAGCGACUUCGAACGGCAAGGAUACAGAAAAGCGUAUCCAAGAGUUCGAAGAAUUGGAAGCCAAUAAACUUUCGAUUCAUGAUCUACAGGAACGUCGGAAUGAGCUGCGGAAAGCGCGAGAGUUACUUUUCCGAGAAGAAGUACGGGCUAAGCGAAUAAAAAAGAUCAAAAGCAAAGCUUAUCGGCGUGUACAUCGAAAAGAACGCGAGAAGGUGGAGCAGCGAGAAAGGGAGGCCCUAGCUGCCGCCGGAGUAGAUAUGGAAGAUGGAGACCGCGAACGAGCUGAUCGCCUAAGGGCAGAAAUGAGAAUGGGUGCCAAGCACCGGGAGAGCAAAUGGGCUAAGAGCGUGAAACAAACAGGUCGUGCCAACUGGGAUGAGGAUACACGGUCCGGCAUAGCUGAGCAAGCGCGAAGAAAAGAAGAGCUCCAGAGGAGGAUAGAAGGAAAACGGGUGGAAAAUGAGGAUUACUUGGGCUCGUCGAGCUCAGAGUCAGAGGAAGACGAUGUUGAUCCGUUUGACAACGAGAUUGGUUCAGAAGACGAGGCUCAGAUGCUCAGGCGAAAAUUGGGCAAACUGGCCCCGCGAAGUACAGAAGAAGAAGAGCUCGCAGGGCCACAUGCCAAAUUGCUUUCGAUGAAGUUCAUGCAGAACGCCGAGGCCUCCCGCAAGGCUGCCAAUGAAGCGGAAAUCAAGAAGCUCGAUCGUGAACUUGCUGGCGAGGAGUCGGCGUCGGAAAUUGGCGACGAGGAGGCUGGUCGUCAGCGCUUCGGCAAGGAUGAUACCAAACCCUCUGACAAACAUAGGCCAAUUGCACCUCGACAAGAAUUUGAAGAACCUGACUCUGAGAACGAAAAUUCGAAUCUAAUUGAAGCCGAUGAAAUUGAUAUCCGUGUCAACGGCACAACGGACAAAAAGUCCAAACAGCCAAGACAGCCUUCUUCACGCCGCAACGGGAUUGCGGUGCCGUCAGAACCCACGAACAAAGAGGACGACGUCAAUCCUUGGCUAACAGAAGGAACGAAACAGUCGCGAAAGAAGAAAAAUGUUGUAGAUAGAACCAUGGAUAUUACAUUGAUUGAUAACACGGCUCAGGCUCCGGCUGCUGAAACGGACAACCGUCAGAAGAAGAGUGUAUCCGGCCGAAAAGGUGCCAGCCAACCACGCCAAAAUUUCCGUGAAUCUGGUGACCAUUCUUCCGAUGACGACGAUUCACACGUGCCUGUAUUACUUCAAAACGAGGAGCUAGUGAAGAGAGCUUUUGCCGGCGACGAAGUGUUGGAAGCGUUUACUAAGGAGAAGCAUGAAACCAUCGCGGACGAGGAUGACAAGGUAGUUGAAGACACUCUCCCUGGAUGGGGCAGCUGGACGGGCUCGGGACUUACCAAGAAAGAGAAGAAAGAGGCCAGAGCCCAGAGGAGCUUCAAGACUGUGGAGGGUAUUAAGCCAAGCAAGAGAAAGGACGCGAAAUUGGAUCGAGUGAUCAUCAACGAAAAGCGCGUCAGGAAGAAUACAAAAUACCUUGCUUCUCAGCUUCCUCAUCCCUUCGAGUCAAGGCAGCAGUACGAGCGAUCUCUUCGGCUACCAAUAGGUCCGGAAUGGACGACCAAGGAGGUUUUCCAAAAGAGCACUCAGCCUCGCAUAAUGGUGAAGCAAGGCGUUAUCAAGCCAAUUCAAAGACCCCAACUGUAA